AUCGCGACGCAGAGCGCAGAGCGUGCAGUGAGAUUUAUGCGGGGCGUGAAUCGCGCAAAGUUGAUGUACUUGGGCUUAUUAUCGAACAAGACGAAAUCACAUUAGCAAUGGACAAGCCGUCACCGUAUAAGCUGAGCAGUGUAUUGCUCGGGCAUACCGCGGACGUGAGAGCUGUGGCAACCUUUACCGACGGUACCGUCGUGUCGGUCUCCCGGGACAAGACCGCUCGCGUAUGGAAACCGACUGGAAAAGAAAACAAAUAUGAGCAAAGCGCGCUACUCAAAGGCCAUUCUAACUUUGUCAGUGCAGUAUGUGUCAUAAAUCCAUCGGAAAAAAGUCCCAAUGGUUACAUAAUUACUGGUAGCAAUGACAAUAUUAUAUGCGUCUAUGUGGCGAAUGAAACAAUGCCUAUGCGUACAAUAACAACGCACCAGAAUACUGUGUGUAAUUUGAGGACUGGCAAGAAGGAAGAUACAUUUCUUUCCAGUUCGUGGGACCUGACAGCUAAAUUAUGGGACAUAAAUGAUUUAAGUAAACCACAAUUGAAUCUGGUAGGUCAUACAGCUGCAGUAUGGUGUGUGGCUGACUUACCAAAUGGUAAUAUAAUAACUGGAUCAGCCGACAAGCUGGUAAUAGUAUGGAGCAGAGAUGGUACUGCGCAGCAUAAAUUAACAGGGCAUACUGACUGUGUUCGUGAUAUAUCUGAUAUCAAAGAAGAUGAGUUCAUAACUUGUGCGAAUGAUGCUACCAUAAGGCAUUGGAACGCCAAGCUCGGAACUUGUCUGGGUACUUAUUGCGGCCAUGAGAAUUAUAUUUACGGCAUAGCGGCCACUAUAAACGGCACGUACGUCUUUUCGUCUGGCGAAGAUAGAACUGUCAGAGUGUGGCAUAAUGCGGAAAUAAGUCAAACUAUCGUUUUGCCCACGCAGUCGAUAUGGUGUAUCAAACUGUUCUCGAAUGGCGAUGUAGUCACUGGCAGUUCUGAUGGAGCUGUGAGGAUAUUCUCGUCCAAUCCUGAACGGUAUGCAAAUUCAGAAAUGUUGGAGGCAUUUGAAAAGGAAGUAGCGAAUACCACUCUGAAUGCGCAACAGGUGAUCGGAGACAUGAACGUAAGAGAUUUGCCAGAUUCAAGAGUUCUUCUGCAGCCUGGCCAACGAGAUGGACAAACGAAGAUUGUGAACGAAGGGGAUACAGUCAGGGCGUAUAGUUGGUCGCAGAAUGAGCAACGAUGGAUACGAAUCGGUGACGUGAUGGGUGCUUCUGGUAGUACCGCAGCUACCUCGGGAAAACAGCUUUACAACGGUAUAGAAUACGAUUAUGUAUUCUCGGUCGAUAUACAAGACGGCGUGCCACCGUUGAAACUUCCGUAUAAUAAGGGUCAGGAUCCCUGGCACGUUGCACAAAGGUUCCUGCACGACAAUAAUCUCAGUCAAUUGUUCCUAGACCAGGUUGCAAAUUUUAUAGUAAAGAAUUCUGAGCCGGCUCCAAUCUUGAAUACCGGAUCACAGUUUGUAGAUCCCUUUACAGGAGGGAGCAGAUAUGUUCCUGGAUCAGGAACAUCGUCUGGUACAUCCGGCAUUACCGUACAACCACCAACGUUUAGUUCUUCCAACACGUCCAUAUCUCCUUCUUACAUACCUCACUUUAAAUACCUGAAGUUAGAACAGGCGAAUCUGUCUGCCAUUUUCGUUAAAUUACGUGAGCUAAACGCCAAACAAGAAAGUAUGUAUAAAAUAGCAGAGGAAAAGUUGGAAACCAUAGAUAAACUUACGAGCGACGGAGUGUCCGAAGAAGUUAGGAUUAAUGCUAUCAGCACGCUGAAAGACCUUCUGGAAUGGCCGAGCGACACAGUGUUCCCAGCUCUUGAUAUAGCAAGGCUAACCGUACUUCACAAAGAGGUGAACGAUCAAUUGUGCACAGAAGAAUUGCUGCCAAUCAUACGAAGACACAUCAAGUCCGACGCAGCUUCAUCGAAUCAAAUGCUUACCUUCCGACUGUUAGCCAAUAUGUUUCAACAUGAAAAGGGGGAGAAACUUUGCUUGGAUUAUAGAGAUGAGAUGCUCGAGUCUUUACUGGAUCUACAGUCCUUAGGAAAUAAAAAUAAUCAGAUUGCUAUAUCGACGUAUAUAUUGAAUUUGAUCAUAGCGUUAAAUAAGUACGACGAUACACCUGGUAGAACAAGAGCUCUGAAUGCAUUGGCCACUAUGUUACCCCGUUUGAGUGAACCCGAAGCGAUAUUUAGAACUCUAGUUGGAUUGGGAACAUUAUUAGCUGCUACACCAGAUCCGGACGAUCGUAACAAAUUGAUUAGCGCUGUACGACAGUUCGAAAACGCUUUGAACAUUCUCAGAACUCUGUCCGAAAGUGCGACCGAUCUUAGUGCGUCGAAAAAAGUGGCAAACUGUUGCAAACAAAUUAUCGAUUUGAUCGCUUAAUGCGCAUUUGUAAGUGAUACAAUGCACUGCUCGAAAACAAGGUUAACUCUAAAAGCGAGAAAGCGAGUUUGAAAGAGUGUAAUUAAUAAAAGCGUUUUAUCUCACAAAAUAAAAAAGCAAAUUCUGGCACGUACUAAUAUAAUUGGUGAACGCGAUCAGAAGCGUAAAGUAACAUAAGUUUUCAUGUAUGCGUCUUUUGCAGUUCGGUUGCUCAAUCGUAAAAUGCAGUAAACAAUAAAAAGACAUUUUUUGAUACA